GCACGCGGGGCGGGGCCCGGGCCGGCGCGAGGCUGGAGGCCACGGGGCCGGUGGCAGCCCCGGGGCCCCGCGCUCCGGGACCGCGUCACCCCGGAGGGUAAGCGGUGGUGAUGAAGCACAUCUGAUUCAGAGACAGAAGCCAGGAGCCCUCAUCUGGGCCUCACCACAUGCCAGCUGUGUACCCCAGGCAGGUCAGCAGCACGGCCCUCAGCAAAGCAAUGAGAAAAACACCAAACGGUGGGGGCCUGAAGAUGACGAAGGUGGCGUACCCCCUCGGGCUGCUCAUCUGCCUGCUCAUCUACAUCGCCUACAUCAAGUGGCACUGGGCCUCCACCACCCAGGCCUUCUUCAGCAUCACUGAGGCCGCCUUGGGGGUCCGGAGGGGCCAGCAAGCCCGCAGCCCCCCAGGGACGGCCACACGCGGUCGCGAUGUCUUCUACGGAAUCGUGUUCGAUGCGGGAAGCACGGGCACCCGUGUGCACAUCUUCCGGUUUGCCCAGCAGCCUGGAGAAACCCCCACUUUGACCCAUGAAACCUUCAAGGCACUGAAGCCAGGACUCUCUGCUUAUGCUGAUGACGUUGAAAAGAGCGCGUCGGGAAUCCAGGAAUUGCUAGAUGUUGCUAAACACAACGUUCCCGUCGGCCUCUGGAAGACCACCCCCCUGGUCCUCAAGGCCACGGCCGGCUUGCGCCUGUUACCAGGAGAGAAGGCUCAGAAGCUGCUGCAGAAGGUGAAGGAAGUGUUUAAGGCGUCGCCUUUCCUCGUAGGGGAUGACUGCGUCUCCAUCAUGAACGGAACAGACGAAGGAGUGUCAGCCUGGAUCACCGUCAGCUUCCUGACAGGCAGUCUGCAGACCCCGGGAAGGAGCCGUGUGGGCGUGCUGGACUUGGGUGGAGGCUCCACGCAGAUCACCUUCCUCCCGAGAGGCCAGGACGCUGUUCACACCUCCCCGCCCGGCCACCUCACGUCGCUCCAGAUGUUCAAUAGGACCUACCAGGUCUACUCCUACAGCUACCUGGGUCUCGGGUUGAUGUCGGCACGACUGGCGAUCCUGGGCGGCGUGGAGGGAAGACCCACUGAGGCCGGAAAGGAGUUGGUCAGCCCUUGUCUGCCUCCCGGCUUCCGAGGAGAGUGGGAGCAUGCGGAGGUGAUGUACAGAGUCUCUGGACAGACGGCAGGGAACCUCCAUGAGCUGUGUGCCGGCCGAGUGUCAGAAAUCCUCCGGAACAAAGUGCACAGAGCGGAGGAGGUGAAGGACGUGGAUUUCUAUGCCUUUUCCUACUACUACGACCUUGCGGCGAAUGUCGGCCUCAUAGAUGCGGAGAAGGGAGGCAGCCUCACCGUCGGGGACUUUGACAUCGCGGCCAAGUUUGUGUGCCGGACGGCGGGGACCCAGCCGCUGGGCAACCCCUUUGCGUGCAUGGACCUCACCUACGUCAGCCUGCUUCUCCAACAGUUAGGCUUCCCAGAGAGCAAGGAGCUCCAGCUGACUCGGAAAAUCGACAAUGUGGAGACCAGCUGGGCCCUGGGGGCCUCUCUUCAUCACAUCGAGUCCCUGGACAGACGGAAGCGUCUGACCUCGUAGUGGCUGUGCUGCCCCCGCCAUCUGCAUGGGGGUGGCUCUCCCUCCUUGGGAACAGGCCCCUCUGGGGUCCCACCCUGUCACAAGGAGGCCACAGCUCGGGCCUAACCCCUCCCCUCGACCUUGCAGACUCGCCCCUGGAUGGGCAGAGGGCUGGAGUGCAGCCCAGGCCCAGCGCCCCUCCUGACCACCUGGGCUCUGGGUGGCCGAGCUC